CCAAUCUCCUCUAAUGCCAGCAAACGACAUUAAAAAAAUCCUGGAAAAUCUGGGUUUGAUGGAGUACUAUGAUAAGAAGCUCACUCUACACACAGUGCUGCAGAUCGACAAGAACAGUGUCACGGAUGUGUCUGUUCAGUCCCUUUCAGAUCUGCCAUGGCUCUUCUUGAAGAGACUGAUCAUGUUACAAAGGACAGCGAGGAGUGUUAAGUGUUCCUCAUCAGAUGGGACAGAAGAUUCAGAGUGGGAUGAUGAUCAGGAGAAUAAAUCAGACUGUCCUCAGUCAGUAAAUCCUUUAGAUAUUUUGAUUGCUAUCUUCCUUUGUUCUGACAGUUUUCUUCAGCAGGAAAUGAUCAUAAAAAUGUCCAUGUGUCAGUUUGCUGUUCCUCUGCUGCUUCCCUACAGUGAUAAUAAUCAGAUCACUCUUAUGCUUUGGGCAAUGAGAGAUAUUGUGAAAAAAUACAGACCACACUCAUUAUCAGAUACAAGUGCAUUUGUGGAAGAAAGGAUUGCUCUUUCAGAAUUACCUUUAGUGUCUUUUGUGAGACUUGGUAGAUGCAACAUUUCCAAAUCAGAAAUUCUGAAUAAGCUGCUCAGCAAUCCACAGCAGUACACUGAUACCUUUGUGCACUUCAACAUGGAUUGUGGAAACAUCAGUAAGAAAAUAUCAAAUGGCUUGGUUGAGAUGGCCUGGUAUCUUCCUUGUGGAAACAAGAACAUUGAUGUCUUUCCUGAACCUGUAGCGAUUGCCAACUUGAGAGGUGACAUUCAGAACUUUGAAACACAGUACACUUUUCUUUGUGAGGCUUCAACUGCUGUGUUUGUGUUCUUUGAAUCCCAACUUUUAGAUUCACAGUUAAUUUCAGUCCCCAGCCAGAAAUCUAUGCCUCAGUUAUUUUUGGUGGGGAACUCCAACAAUGAGAACAUAAAAGCUACAGUCCACAAGCUCAAUCUGAAGAAAAGCAAUUUCAUCUUUAAAGACAGGCAGAAUGAUGCAGACUUCGUUGAAAAAAUUCAGAGCAAGUUACAAGAUGCAAUUAAGAACAACAAUCACAAAAUGUCAGUUGUUCGUUUAGCUGAGAUUGCACGAAAUCUGGGAAUCUUGGUGGAUGAGGAUGCUGAAGAAUGUCAGUGUGCCAAAGUAAGUGCACAUGAAAUCACAUCCAAAAUUAAUGACAUAGUGCAGUUCAAGAAGGAGGAGCUGUCCUUACAAGGGGAAAUCUUGAUUAAAUUGGCAAAGUUAGAGAAGGAAGAAUGUCAGUUGAAGAAAGUAGGGGAUAUGAGUGUUCAGAACUACAAAAAUGACCUUUUGAUGCAGAAAAAUAAACUCAGAGAAGACCAAUGCACCAAAGACAUGUCUACAACUAUGAGCUGCUUUAUCAAAGCAAUAUCAACACCAGAAAGAGCCUACUUCUUAAAAUGGUUAAGAAUCGCUCUAGAGAAUAAAUCUCAUGAAGUACUGCCUCAACUCAGAGAACUCUACAAACAGAAAUGUAAAGAUGUUUGUGGGAACAAGAAAGAAAUAGCUGAGCUUGAUAAAAAGAUUUCAAACAGUUCUUUAGGAGUGGAGCAUUUCAUUCGAGAGAUGAGCCAGCUUUACGAAGCUGCAGUCUCACUCCCAGAAGAUGCACUUUACCGAAAACAGCUGGAACAUUUACCUAAACUCUGUGUCAAUGGAACCCCCCCAAUGGCACCAGUGAGUAUUGGCUAUAGUGAGUCUGUGUAUGCUCUCAAAAAGCAUAUAAUGGAGAUCUUCAAAGAUUACAAUCCCAGUGACAUCAAGGAAUUUCUUCAAUGGACAAAAGACUUGUGGACUGCUGUGAAAUUUGAGAAAUUCAUCUUCAGCUUCAGAAACAGCCUGGUGGCUGAUGCAUACAUCAAACUGUGCACAGAGUACAACAGCUGGGACUGGACACUGAGAAAACAAAUGCACACAUGGGCAUUAGAGGCUGAAACGAAUAUCUUAAACCAUGGAAAAUUUGAAAGCUCUGAGCAGUGCACCAUUGAAGAUGUCCAUUGUCAUUUACUACGAGAAGCAGAAUCUGAGCUUUCAAAAGGACAAGACGAAAUUAUUGCCAAGAUCCAAUCAUACUAUGAACAAGGAGAAGGUCAUGUUGAACUUGUGGAAAGUUAUCGACAAGACUUUAUAAACUCUGCCAAGUCUUUGAAGACAGAGCUUUCAAAUUCAAUCAGAAUCAAAUUGGAUGCAGCUGUUUCACGUCGAAAUGGAAUGAUGAAGUUGGAAGGAAUCAAAAAGACAUACAUGGACACAAUGGAGAAAAAAGUGCUGAACUUGCUGAAAAACUGUCGUGAGAAUAAGUCAGACAUGUCAGACUCCGUGCUGAAUGAAGCAUUUGAAAAGAUGUGGCAGGAGACUGUCAGGACAUUGUCAUACACAGUGCUCAAACCACAAGAUAUCAUGACAAGAGUCUUUCAUCAUUUGAGGAAAAAUCUUCAACCUAGAGGAAGUUCAAUGGCUCAAAGCUUAGACAAAGUGAAGGAUCUGCACAAUCAAGGCCAUGGAAAUUUUGUUUCCCCCAAAGGUAACUUUUUCUCCAAGUUCUGGAAUGCUCAGAAGAUCAAGAGGGUUCAAGAGAUGUCAAAGAAACUUAUCAGGGAUUGUUGGGAAUUUGUUGAAAGAAAGAAGGAAUGUAAGGAUGAUUAUGAUGACACAUACAUCAGGGAGAUUCUUAACAUGAUUGAUGAGAAACUUAAAGCUCAUGAAGAUCUUAAGCUAAAGGAAGAUUUUGAACUCUCCCUUAAAUUAUACAUAUGUGGCUUUGCAAGCAGAGAAUUUCAAAAGAUUCACAAUCAAUUCAUCCAGGAAAGCAACCCACGAACAACCUUGGAGAACGCCAAACAAACAUACCACUCUGACUUCAUUGACCUUUAUCGUGAACGAGACCAGUGUCAGAAGAAAGCUGAUGAAUUCAUGAGUAACUGUCUAAAACCUGCCUUGGAAAGAUAUAUUUCUGAGAACUUGGGCAUGGAAAUGGCAGACAAGAUGGUGACUGGUGAAAACUCAGCAAUUUUCGGAUCACGGAUGACAUUUCAGGUUUCAGUCUUGAAAAAUAUUCUCUAUGAAUCUAAAUUUCAAAUAUAUUUGCAUUUCAUUGAGUCAUAUGAAUCAUUUGUUAAAAAGUUCAUUUUUGACGAAGUUAAAAAGCACUUUACAACAGAGAACAGAAUGAUAAAAUUAGAGGAAAGUCUUGUAAAUGAAGUCAUCAGUGAAAUUACUCGGGCAAUCGAAGAGUCAGAACAAGACUCAAAGAAAAAUGACAUCAAGGGAUUCAUCGAAAACAUCUGCAAGAAACUUGAAAAUAGACUUGUUUUUCCCAAGGACGCAGUGGAUAAAAUCAGCACACUGAACAAUGCAAAUCAGAAAAAAUUCACCGAAUGCCUUCAGUUUUCUGUAAAGGACAUGGAUAAAUCACUGAAAGCAAGUUUCCAAGCAAGAAUGUUUCAAAGUAAAAUACGUCAUCUUCAAACCAAACCACAGGAUGUGCUGUUCAAACGAGUGCAGGGCUGUGGGAAACAGUGUCCAUUCUGUAAAGCACCAUGUGAGGCUGGAGGAGAAGUCCACACUAAACACUUUGUCUCAAUCCACAGACCAGAAGGUCUUGGCUGCUGCAGUGAAAUAUAUUCUGACAAACUAGUGACAGACAUCUGUACAACAUCGGUGCACAGCGACUCAUGCUUCAAGUGCCAUGACACCAAUGAUCAGUGGCAUCCAUAUAAGGAAUACAGUAAAAUCUAUCCAGACUGGCGAAUUGAUCCAGACUGCAGCGCAGAGGCCUCAGCAUACUGGAAAUAUGUGAUGGCAAAAUUCAAUGAGGAGUUUGCUGAUGAAUAUGAUGUGGAGCCUGCAUAUAUCCCCUCAUCCUGGGAAAGCAUCACAGAAGCCCAAGCAAAGGAAAGCCUUUAG